AACCAAUAAAUAAGCAAAAAUAUAAUUAAAUACAAUAUACGCAAAUAAAGAAACAUUCAAAUAAAUGUAUAUAUAAGAAAAGUGCCCAGUUCUACACAGACAACUAACGAUCGCGGACGUAACGGGUCUGUUGUGAAGGAACACGUAACGUACUAUACAUACCUACAUACAUAUUUUUAAAGGGAACGAGUUAAAAAUAAACUGUAGCAAGGAAAAAGGAGUGAAAACCAAAUAAAAUAUUCGAAAAAUAUACGUUUUUUAUAGUUUUUAAUAGAAUUUCGAAAGAAUUCUUCGCAUUCCAUUGCGAUUUGGAAAACCAGACAACCAGACAACCAGAAACAAAUAAAAGCUUCCAACAAUACAAUUUUAACUUAAUUCACGUGCGCAGUUUACCUUCUACGGCAUUCGUUUUAACCGGGGUCGUGUGGAAGUGUGUGUGUAUACAAAGCAUUCGAUUUGACGCUGUUAGGAGUGUAUUUAAUUGACGCCUUUGCAACGUAAAGAGUGUGUUCGGGUGUGACUACAUAAACCGAGCAUAUUUAGUUGAAUUGCGUGAAAGUUUGGCGCAACAUAAAACGCAUUUCCGUCGGCGCAACCUGUAACGCGUAGAAAGACAGUCUAAUUUAAGAGCUAAAUAAAAAAGCAAUUGAAGAGCUGUAGAAGCAGAGCAGUUGCCUAAGAAGCAAAGCAAAAACACAAAGCACUUAAAAUGGCAGAUGUUUCGCAUGAAUUGGGCGCACUACGUUUUGUGGUGGACUCGUCGCUCUCCUCCAAGGUGGCAAUGUUCAACAAACAAACGCAACAGCACCAACAACAACAACUGCUCAAUCCCUUCUCAUCAGCAACUGGACGUAUGUCACCGAAGCCUAGCUUCUCCAAAGAUGAAUAUGGCAAGCCAUUGGCAGGUAGCUUGACCGAGAUGCGCGGCCAGAAAGCUAAUAUGCAUGUGCUCCGCGAAAUGCUGGAGCUGUGUCAAAUCAUCGACUCAGAGGGCUACAAUGUCAAGGAUGAGCCGAAUAUGCGCGUCAUACCAUUUGGUGAACUCUUCAAUAUUUACAACUAUAUCUCCGAUAAGGUGGUUGGCAUAUUAUUGCGCGCGCGCAAGCACAAACUGCUAGAUUUUGAGGGUGAAAUGCUGUUCCAACGUCGCGAUGACGACGUACCAAUUUUCUUGCUCAAACCAAUCGCCGAGAUACGUCAAGAAUUGCAAUUGAAGAUUGAAGAUAUUAAGCGAGCUGGCAGUCCAGCACCGCAAGCCACAUCGCUGUUAUUGGACAAAAGCGCACACAAGCAAAAGUUAGCAUCACGCGGCUCCACGCCCUCAAACUCGCCAGCACCGUCAAAACCGGCAACACCAGCACACUCAAAGGUAUCCUCGCCGGCGCAUUCGAAGGCAUCAUCUCCAGCGCCAAUGGAACAAGUGCCAGCAGUAACGCCACAAACAACAGCACAGCCAACGAAAACGGAUGCUCAAGCGGCACCGGAAGUUACAAUCACAGCUGCACCCGUUGUGGAAGCGACAGAAGUGGUAGCAGCAGGUGAUCAGAUGGCCAGACUGGAAGGUGGAGAACAGCCAAACGUACCAACGGAGAAGAGUGACGCUACAGCACCAGCUGAUAAUAACAUAGUAGUGCCUGAGGUUGUGGCGCCGACAGUUGCUGAACAUGUGGAGCUGCCGCCUGUAUCUGUCAGUACUGCAAAUAUCACCAACCCAAAUGCCACUGAAAACAGCGAACUACCUACGAUUGUCAUUGAUGCCGCCGCCGUGUACACACGCACGGCACCGGCACCUGCAGAGGAUGCAUCAGCUGUAGCAGCAGCGGCGACAGCGCCAAAUGCCACGAUUACAGAGAAUACGACCGCUAAUAGUGAAGGAAAUCCUCAGGCCUAAUUCGAAAAGAAACUCUAUUUUUGAUUCGAAUUGCUAAGCUAGUUAAACUUGUAAAUGCUUCUCUAAAAUAGGGUUAGGUUAUAGCGGGGUACUUAUCGGCAUAUCACUUUUGUGUAAGCAAAUGCAGUAAACUAAUUUGUAGUUUAGACAUUAGCUGCAGUAUUAUAUAAUAUUGUAAAUCGAAUAGAGAGGCAGCAAUUGGCCGUUGGAAUGAAGUUGGAAAAUACUUUGUGCUUCAUUCGAGCUGCUAAAUUUGUUGUGCUCUGAUAAUUUGCGAAAGGGUUAAUGCCACUUAUAAAAUAAUGAUUUGUAAAUAAAAUUUGCUGUAGAUCGGGUACUUAAACAGAAAAUUUUAUGUACAAUAAUCUAA